GUGUUGCAGAGCUAUGCGUUGCCGAGCCUCAGGUUGUUGAGUGCGCCACGGAACCGGCUGCGAGUGCUGAAGGCGAACAGCUUCAUCCACAUGCAGACCCUUCAAGUGCUGAACCUGGCAGAGAACUAUUUGAAGGAGUUGCCUGCGGAUGUCUUUUUGCCCUUGGUGCAACUGGAGGUCUUGAACCUCCUUCUCAAUCCUCUGAUGCCUUCCCUGAUUCGUGCGUCUCUGCCCACUGGCAGAACUGCCUUGAAGUGCAGUUGCGCCCCAGGUCUUUCUGAGGGAUGCUGGUGUGCGCGGGAAGCCUUUUACCACGAGACCCGAGAUCGACUGCGAGACAGCGGCGAGACUGCGGAUGGGCCGGCCUGUCACGAUGCUGGGGGUGAAGGGGGACACCUGUUUGCCCCUUCACCCCUGGACCUGUUCGACUGCGAAGCGCGUCGCCGCCGCAAACGUGCUGCGCAGCUUCUGGAAAUGCGAGGCCUAGGACGUUGGCAGCGGCUCAGGUAUGCCUGGGGCAUCAACCGAGCUCGGGGCAGGAGUUUCGGCAGCACCUCGCUGCUCCUGACGAAGAAUGCGGUGGCCACUGCUGGCCUCUGGGUCUUGGCUUUGCCGUUAAGGCUCAUCUUGUUCCCCAUCUUCCGUCUCCAGGCUCGACGCGAGAGGAAACGCUUGGAAGAGAAGCUUAAGGCAGAUGCUGCGAACGCAGAGACCGGAACUAGGGCAGAUGCGAAGUAAAA